AAACUGGGAGCUCUGUGUUAGAACUCGGGCCCCCGGCACGCUUCCCGGAGCGCUGAGUGCCAAGUUGGCUCUCCGUGUCUGGAUCCCGGGGUGAGCGCCGAGCUGGGAGACAUGACUGGGUGGCGGCGGCCGCGGAUCGUUGUUCCUUCAGCCUGUGGCACUGGCGGAGGUCCACACACCUAGGCUGUAGACAGAAGAGGGGUGACGAGCGACGGGAGCCUGUCAGCGUUUGAGAUCAGAGGGAGAGCCACACCAGGGAAGGAGGCAGGACACCGCAGAGCAGGACCAAGCGAGGCGUGCCUGGAAACCUGGAAGGCCCCCAGAUAAAACACAGAAGUUGAGAUAAAGAGGGACUCGCGCUUUUCGGCACAAGUAUGGCCCGUUUUAUCUGCGAAACCUGGCAACCCAAAGCUGGAAGACGAAGGGUGUGACGUCAUCUCGGGCUUUCCACGGUGACGCUACAGGCCAGGGCUGCCUGCUGGGCCUGUGCUGCUCGUGAUGAGCCCCCAGCCGGUUCCCUGGAGCCUGGAGCCAUUGUGGAUCCUGGAUCGGUUCUUGUGAUAUUGCAGGAAGCGCCUCGGCAAAAUCGUCAGGGAACUUUGGAGAGCAAGAUUUACCAGUCACAGGUCCUGGAGGGUCCGCGGCACGCUCGAGGGCCACACAGCCACACAGUGCAGCCUCAGGGUAAGGCUGCCGGGGGCUCAGCUCUGCUCACAUGGAUGGGACAGAGACCCGACAGCGGAGGCCAGAGGAGCUGGCUCUGCCACACACCUUCAGCCCUGGAAGACUCUCCGGAGGCUCAGAGGAUGGACCUGCGAUUGUGUCUGAGAGCCACAGGGUGGUCCCUAAACCCCUGGGCUCUGAGUUCAGCAAGGAGACUGCCUUGUCCAUUGGCCUUGAGGUGAUGGUGCCCUUCCUGUUUGCAGGGCUGGGACUGUCCGGGGCUGGUGUGCUUUUGAACUAUUUCCAGCACUGGCCCGUGUUUGUGGAGGUUAAAGACCUGCUCACGCUGGUGCCGCCCCUGGUGGGCCUGAAGGGGAACCUGGAAAUGACGCUGGCGUCACGACUCUCCACCGCCGCCAACACUGGACAAAUUGAUGACCCCCAGGAGCAGCACAGAAUUAUCAGCAGCAACCUCGCCCUCAUUCAGGUGCAGGCCACCGUGGUGGGGCUGCUGGCUGCUGUGGCUGCCCUGCUGCUGGGCGCCGCAUCUAGGGAGGAGUUAGACUUUGUGAAGGCGGAGUUGCUGUGUGCCAGCAGCGUCAUCACCGCCUUCCUCGCGGCGUUUGCCUUAGGAAUGUUGAUGGUCUGCAUCGUGAUUGGCGCUCGGAAGCUUGGGGUCAACCCAGACAACAUUGCCACGCCCAUUGCUGCCAGCCUGGGAGACCUCAUCACUUUGUCCAUCCUGGCCUUUGUCAGCAGCUUCUUCUAUAAGCACAAAGAUAAUCGAUACCUGACACCGCUGGUCUGUAUCGGCUUCACGGCCCUGAUCCCCUUCUGGGUCCUCAUUGUCAAGCAGAACCCACCCAGCAUGAAGAUCCUCAAGUUCGGGUGGUUCCCAAUCAUCCUCGCGAUGGUCAUCAGCAGCUUUGGAGGGCUCAUCUUGAACAAAACCGUGUCUAAAAAACAGUACCAAGGCAUGGCCGUAUUUACUCCCAUCAUAUGUGGUGUUGGUGGCAAUCUGGUGGCCAUUCAAACCAGCCGGAUCUCCACCUACCUGCACAUGUGGAGCACGCCUGGUGUUCUCCCCCUCUGGAUGAAACAAUACUGGCCCAACCCAUGCUCCACUUUCUGCACCUCAGAAAUUAAUUCCGUAUCAGCCCGAGUCCUGCUCUCUCUGGUGGUCCCGGGCCAUCUGAUUUUCUUCUACAUCAUCUACUUGGUGGAAGGCCAUUUGGUCCCACAUAGUAAGAUCUUUGUGGUGUUCUAUCUGCUAGCAAGCCUGAUGCAGGUGACAAUUCUGUUGUACCUGGCAGAAGUGCUGGUCCGGCUCACGUGGCACCAGUCCCUGGAUCCAGACAGCCACUGCAUCCCCUACCUCACAGGGCUGGGGGACCUGCUAGGCACCGGCCUCCUGACACUCUGCUUUCUUAUCAACUGGUUACUGAGGAGUGAAGCUGGGCUGGAUGGCAUCUCGGAACCAACGUCUGGACCUCCCUAAUGAGCCCAGGCAGCCCUGUUCGCUCCGUAGAAUUUUCCUUCCCACGAGCAGGGUGCAGAAUCCAGUUUCGCCCUGGGUGGGUUCUCAGGAAGUUUGGUUAACACCCUGCCUCUGCAGUGGCCCUUCGUCCGUCUGCCAGGGCACUGGCGCAUCUGGACUCUGGAGUUGGAGACGGAGGCGGUAAGGGUGAGGGAGGCCUGAAAUCAGAGGCAGUGUUCGUGUGCAUGUGGCUGCAUGUUCCUGGGCUUGAGUGUGCACUCAUGUGCUGGGCGAGUGCAAAUGAGUGCACGCGCGUGUGUGGAGAGCCGGGGAUUCUACCCUGAGGACGCUGAAGGAAGAGGCAUGUCCAGUGCACUGGGGGGACGUGGGGCCCUGCUGUGCGCCCACACAGCCUGGACUGGGGAGGAGCAGGAAGGAAACUACUUCUCUGCCCAGACCUCAGGACUGUGCUGUGGCUUAACCACAGGCUUCACUAGGUCCAAGCUUCAUGGGACAUUCUGCUGAUGUGCCUGCAAAUGUGCAGCCCUUCCCAGGACAGCCCCUCCUUGCACCCCCUCGUCAUCUGCUCUCGGCAUUUAAUCCUGUCGCUGUUUUACUCCUUCUUUUUUUAUAUUGAAACAAAACUUCUGUUUAGACAUUAGCGAUCAG